AUGAGCUACAUCUCCAAAGUGUCCGGAGGAGGAGACAAAGUCCAGAGGGUCAAAGACAUCAUACUUCAGUCUAAUCCGCUGCUGGAGGCUUUUGGAAACGCAAAGACUGUGAGGAACAACAACUCCAGCCGCUUCGGGAAGUACGUGGAGAUCCAGUUCAGUUCUGGUGGAGCUCCAGAUGGAGGAAAGAUUUCCAACUUCCUCCUGGAGAAAAGCAGAGUGGUCUCUCAGAACCAUGGGGAGAGGAACUUCCACAUCUACUACCAGUUCUUGGACGGAGCGACUGCGGAGCAGCGGGAAAACCUGGGCGUGACAUCACCUGAUUACUACUUCUACCUCAACCAAUCAGGGACCUUCACCGUGGAUGAUGUCAUCGACAAGAAGGACUUUGCAGAAACCAUGGAGGCCAUGUCAGUGGUCGGACUCUCGGAUGAAGACCAGGACUCAGUUUUGCAGAUCGUGGCCUCGAUUCUUCACCUCGGAAACAUCAGCUUCAGAGAAGAGAACAACUAUGCCUCUGUGGAAAGUCCGGACUACCUGGCCUUCCCCUCCUUCCUCCUGGGGGUCCAGCAGGAGGCGCUGUGUUCGAAGCUGACCAGCAGAGUGAUGGACAGUAAGUGGGGCGGCCGCUCUGAGGUCAUCUCUGUGACGCUGAACACAGAACAAGCAGCUUUCACCCGCGACGCCCUGAGCAAGGCCCUGUACGGCAGGCUGUUCGACCACCUGGUGGAGACUGUAAACAAAGCGAUGGUGAAGCAGACUGAGGAGCUGAACAUCGGAGUUUUGGACAUUUAUGGAUUUGAGAUUUUCCAGAAAAACGGAUUCGAACAGUUUUGUAUCAACUUUGUGAACGAGAAACUGCAGCAAAUUUUCAUCGAGCUCACGCUGAAGGCCGAGCAGGAGGAGUACGUACAGGAGGGGAUCCAGUGGACGCCCAUCGACUAUUUCAACAACAAAGUGGUGUGUGACCUCAUCGAGUCAAAGAGCCCGCCUGGUGUGAUGUGUGUCCUGGACGACGUUUGUGCGACGAUGCACGCCAAAGGAGAAGGAGCCGACAUCACACUCCUGCAGAAACUACAAGGACAGAUGGGGUCACUUGAACACUUCAGCAGCUGGAACCAGGGCUUCAUCAUCCACCACUACGCGGGCAAGGUGUCCUAUGACGUCAGUGGAUUCUGUGAGAGAAACAGAGACGUUCUGUUCAGCGACAUCAUCGAGCUGAUGCAGAGCAGCGAGUUUCCUUUCAUCAGAGCUCUGUUUCCGGAAAACCUGGAGGCCGAGAAACGAGGACGUCCUUCAACUGUGGGCUCCAAGAUCAAGAAACAGGCCAACGCUCUGGUCAGCGCGCUCACUAAGUCGGCGCCGCACUACGUUCGCUGCAUCAAACCAAACGAGACCAAGAAACCUGGAGACUGGGAACAGAAGAGAGUGCGGCACCAGGUGGAGUAUCUGGGACUGAGAGAGAACAUCCGGGUCCGCAGGGCCGGGUUUUCAUACCGACGGGUCUUCAACAAGUUCAUCCAGAGGUUUGCGAUCCUGACGCCACAGACGUUCCCGGCGUGGAGGGGCGACCUGCGGGAGGGAGUCCUGGUUCUGCUGAGGUCUGUGAACAUGGACCAAGACCAGUACCAGCUUGGGACCAGCAAGGUCUUCAUCAGAGCACCUGAGUCGCUGUUCCUGUUGGAGGAGAUGCGUGAGCGGAAGUACAAUGGUUUUGCUCGAGUGAUUCAAAAAGCCUGGAGGAGACACACGGCGGUGAGGAAGUACGUCCAGAUGAGACAAGAGGCCUCAGACCUCCUCCUGAACCAUAAGCAGCGUCGCAGGAACAGUCUGAACAGGAACUUUGUUGGAGACUACAUUGGUCUGGACCAGAGACCGGAGCUUCAGACCUUCAUCCCCCGAAGAGAGAGACCAGAGUUCUGCCACAUGGUCCUCAAGUACGACCGCCGCUUCAGGAGUGUGAAGCGGGAUCUCAUCCUGACCUCUAAAUGUUUGUACCUGAUUGGUCGAGAGAAAGUGAAGCAGGGGCGGGACAAAGGCCAGAUCCAGGAAGUCCUUAAAAGGAAGAUCGAGAUUCCGGACGUCCAAUCAGUGUCUCUGAGCUGUCUCCAGGACGACCUGUUCAUCGUUCAUGAGUCUCACUACGACAGUGUUCUGCAGAGCGUCUUUAAAACUGAGUUUCUGAGUUUGUUAAUGAAGAGAUUCACAGAAGGGACGGGGAAGAAGCUGCCUCUGAAGUUCAACAACCUGCUGGAGUUUAAGGUGAAGAAAGGCGGCUGGGGCCCGUUCGGCUCCGCAGGGUCUCGGCAGAUCCAGUUCUCUCUCGGAGACGGAGACCAGAUGGUCCUGAAGCCGAGUGGGAAGGUCCUGCUGGUCACCAUCGGACCUGGACUUCCUGCAAACUCAAGACCGACCCGGAAGGACAUCAGGAAGAGCCGCCACAUUAGCCCCGCCCACAACCCCGCCUCCAAGCAGCGGCCGAGCUCAGGUGCAGUUCACAGACGCACCUCCAGGGGGCUCUCUCUGCGACAGUCUUCUAUGGAGCAGCCCACUCUCCCCCGUCACCACGGCAACCGCCAGAGCCUCCAGUCGCCACAGCAACCACAGGACCGCGCCUUCAUGGACGUCCCUGAGACCGGAGCCGCCGGUGAGCAGAGGAGCAGGACCUCAAUCAGACCGGACCCCGGUCAGGGGAGACCUAAACCCAGUCCCAGACCCAGACCCCGUGGUCCUCAGUGCAGAGCGUUCUGGGCGUACGACGCUCAGGACACCGACGAACUCAGCUUCAACGCCGACGACGUCAUCGACAUCCUGUCAGAGGAUGCCAGCGGGUGGUGGUUCGGGCGUCUUCGUGGUCGUGAGGGAAUGUUUCCUGGAAACUAUGUGGAGAAAAUCUGA